AUGGAGGACGCGCUGAGGCGAGCGCUGGGCACGGCCGUGCUGCGGCCGACCGGGCACUCGGGCGGCGGCUGCAUCAGCCAGGGCCGGAGCUACGACACGGACCGCGGCCGGGUGUUCGUGAAGAGCAACUGCGAGGGGGAGGCCAGAAGAAUGUUUCUGGGAGAAGUGGCAAGUUUGGAAGCCAUCCUGAAAACGCAGACAAUAAGAGUGCCUAAACCCAUCAAGGUUGUAGAACUGCCAGGGGACAAUACUGUGCUGGUGAUGGAACAUUUGGAAAUGAAGAGUUUAAACAGACAUUCAGCACUGCUUGGAACUCAGCUGGCUGAUCUUCAUCUUCAUAACCAGCAACUUAGAGAGAAGAUGAAGAAAGAAGAGAGCACAGUUGGUAAAGGACAAGGGCAAAUGGAAGUUCAGUUUGUGGAUCAGUUUGGCUUUCAUACAGUUACCUGCUGUGGUUAUCUUCCACAGGUGAACAACUGGCAGAGUGACUGGGUGAGUUUCUUUGCCAGACAAAGGAUCCAGCCCCAGAUGGACCUGAUCGAAAGGAACUUAGGAGACGGGGAAGCAAGGGAACUUUGGGCACAGCUUCAGCUGAAGAUACCCAGUUUGUUCUGUGGUCUAGAAAUCGUUCCUUCUCUCCUGCAUGGGGAUCUCUGGGGAGGAAAUGUCGCUGAGGAUGAUUGUGGUCCGAUUAUCUUUGAUCCAGCUUCUUUCUACGGCCAUUCAGAGUAUGAUCUUGCAAUAGCUGGGAUGUUUGGUGGCUUCAGCAGUUUUUUUUAUUCUGCUUAUCACAGUAAAAUCCCCAGAGCCGUAGGGUUUGAGAAACGCCUGAAGCUUUAUCAGCUGUUCCACUACAUGAACCACUGGAACCAUUUUGGUUCAGGGUACAGAGGGUCUUCUAUAAACAUUAUGAGAAACCUUGUAAAGUAAGUUGCAGCUUAAACCAAAUAAUUCCUGUGCUGUUUGGAAAAGCCCAGACUUGCUGGUGCAGCUAAAGGUGUAGUGAUGUUAAAAAACCUCUGUGAGAUCUUUGACCUUCUUGCUCAGCUGAAGACCCUAGAAUCAGUGAGUCCUACUGAGUACCAAGUGUAGCUUAGUCAUCCCUUUUUAGGAUAGUUUGGAAUAGCUUUAUCAUGGAAAUAUAGAAAGAACUUAAUCAUUUGCACAGUGAAUAAACAUCUCAGCAUCCCGAAGUGCUUGAGAUUAUGCAAAGUAAUGCAAAUAAACUGAGGAGAUGCCUAAAAGA